AUGGCCAAACUCUCCCGUGGUGCCCCUGGUGGCAAGCUUAAGAUGACCCUCGGUCUCCCCGUCGGUGCCGUCAUGAACUGCGCGGACAACUCGGGUGCUCGCAACCUGUACAUCAUCUCCGUCAAGGGUAUCGGUGCCCGCCUCAACAGACUGCCUGCCGGUGGUGUCGGUGACAUGGUCAUGGCCACCGUCAAGAAGGGAAAGCCUGAGCUCCGCAAGAAGGUCCACCCCGCCGUUAUCGUCCGCCAGUCCAAGCCCUGGAAGCGCUUCGACGGUGUCUUCCUGUACUUCGAGGACAACGCUGGUGUCGUAAGUACUCCCGCUUUAGCUUUGGAUGGAUGGGAGGGGUAUUGCCGGCGUACGGCAGUCACCUGA